AUGGCUUCCAACACUCUAUCAGACGCAGCGGUCGAGAAGGGUGCGCAGCCCAAUGGGUCAGAUCUCGUAUCGGUCGAGGAGAAGAGAGAAGUGUCAAGUGAAAAGCAGAUUGAGGAUGCCGACGCAGGCGACGGUAACCUUCAUUACGACGAGGUCGACGAGGAGCCCGAACUCCACAUGCGAACCUACGUGGCCCUGUUUUCCAUGUUUCUGUUGAACAUGGUCCAAGUUGUCGCUCUCCAGGGGCCUCCUGCUGUGCUGGACUGGAUCGGUGACAGCCUCGAAAACCCACAAACGCAAACCUGGGUCCCCAACUCUCUGUCACUCGUACAGGCAGUGCUCGGCCCAGUCAUCUCGCUGGCUUCCGAUACCUUCCAAGCGCGAAAAAGCAUCCUCGUCGGCUCGUGCCUCACUUCCUUGGUUGGAGCCGCCAUUGCUCCAGGUUCCCACGAUAUGGGCCGGUUGAUCGCGGCUCAAACAUUGAUCGGCUUUGGAUUUGCCGCUGUACCGCUCGCCUAUUGCGUGCCGAGUGAAAUUCUCCCCAGAAAAUGGAGGCCGAUGGCGCAAGCUUUCAUGAACGUGGCCGCGGCUCUGGGUGCCAUUAUUGGCCCCAUGGCAAUUGGUGCCCUAACCAAACGUGAUCCACUGAACGGAUGGCGAGACUUCUACUGGAUCCAAGUCGCCUUUUGGGGUGCCACGGCUGCCGGUAUCUUCGUGGGUUACAGACCGCCCAAACGACAUACCCGUUUGGAUCACCUUUCCAUCUGGCAGAAACUCGGGCAUUGUGACAUUCCAGGUUGCUCCCUGCUCACCGUAGGGCUGUCACUGUUCCUGACCGGUCUCAACCUGGGGGGAAAUCUCUACCCCUGGACCAACGCGCGUACCCUCGCUACUCUUAUCAUCGGACUCGUCAUCUUGGUCGUCUUCGGUGUCUAUGAAUGGAAGGGCACCAAGAUGGGUAUCAUGAACCAUGAACUCUUCCGCGGCGGCAAGGCACAAGGUCGAACAUUUGCCAUUUGCGUGGGCUUGAUCUUCAUCGAGGGCAUCAUGCUCUUCUCGUAUAUCGUGUUUUAUCCAGUCCUGACAACCUCCCUCUUUGAAACCGACCCUUUGUUGCUCGUGUCCCGAGAGAUGCCAUACUGGGUCGUCGGCGGCGCCUCUACCAUCGUUUGGGGCUACGCAAGCACCCGGUUCCGCACGAUCCGCGAACCCCUGUUCGUCGGCUAUCUCAUCUUCACGGGCGCCAUCGUCGGAUUCGCCUGUAUACAGCCCAACGACUCCACGACCACCUGCGUCUUGAGCGGCCUCGCCGGGCUCGGGUUCGGUGCCCCCUUGAUUCUGAUCAUCACCGGUGUGCAGCUCUCCACGCCACACAGCUUGAUCGCCACGGCCACGGCGGUGACGACCUCUUCUCGAGCAGUCGCCGCGACCGUCUUCACGGCCAUCUACGCGGCAGCUCUGAACGACCGAAUCGCCGCCAACAUCCCCAGCGGCGUGGCCGGAGCUGCCGCGGGAGCCGGUCUCCCAGCGGCUUCGAUCCCAGCCUUUGUGCAGGCCCUCGCGGGGAACCAACCUGACGCCCUGAGCAAUAUUCCAGGCGUGACUCCAGCGAUCAUUGCCGUCGGCGUCACGGCCUUGAAACAAGCACUGGCGGACUCGAUCCGCGUCGUGUACAUCAUCGCCGCACCGUUCGGGGCCCUGGCUUGCGUCAUGUGCUUGUUCAUAGGCGACCUGCGCAAAACCAUGAAUUAUAUCGUCGAGGCGCCCGUCGAGGAGCUGCACGCCAAGAAACACCAUAGAGAACAGACUGCGUGA